CCCUUCCUUUUGUCUCCCUUUGCAAUUUUGCAUCCUCCCUCUUUCCUUUUCCUCUGAUUUCUUCGUUAACAAGUAUCUACGCACCACCAUUGACGCCAUUCUCACACAAUUUUAAAAUACUUAUUAUAAAUAAAUAAAAACUCCACUCUCUUUCCUUUUGACAAAUUACUCCUCUAAUUAAUUUUUUAAAUAAAUUGAUUAUUUAUUACACUCCAAUACACUAUUUUUACCGCCAAUUCAAAAAAAAAAAAACUCGUCAAUAUUCUUCCUUCACUUUCUCUCUCCUCUCACGUAACGUCGCCCAGGUUUUGACAGGCGAUGUAGGAAGGUAUGAUCCUCAAAAAGAUCUCCAAGAAAUGACGAAUUUCUGAAUAGAAAGGCUGUCUUUUAACUCGGUUCAUAAAGUUUUUGUCUCAGAUGAAUGUGAGCUUGUUGAAAAAUGUUCUGUUGAUCAACUUACAUAGGAGGUUUUUUCUUUAAUGUUCUCUUUCUAAGCGAAGCCUGAUGUUUGCAAGUUCUGUACACGAUGCUUGACUUAAAUUUUUCAAUCUCAAGGCUAUUGGCUAUUUCAGAUGCCUUUGGUCCUGUUGUAUUGGGAUGGCUGGUUACUGGAUUAUUUGGAAUCUUGGCUAUUCUGUUUGCACUCCUUAAAUGGCAGAGAAGAACAUCUUUAAAUUGGGUUAAAGCUGCUGCUAGAGCAAAGCAAAAAGCAUGGAAAAAGCUAAAUGUUCCAUUAUCACAUCAUACAUGGGCUGAAGAUUAUGGUUGCGGUGAACAGCUAUCCACUUGUUGUGUUUGCCUGAAUUCUCUGUCAUUCUCACAAAAUUUAGGCACAAAGACAGUGUUUCACACCCCUGUUCAUCGUUGUGCUGUUUGUGGUGUGGCCGCUCACUUCUACUGUUCCCAGUAUGCAACGAAGGAUUGUAAAUGUUUCGCCCAAGCUGGUCAUAGCCAUGUGCAACACCAUUGGUCAGAAAGAUGGUUCAAGAUUGAUGAUAAUCCUGACACUUCUGCAUUUUGUUUUUACUGUGAUGAGCCUUGUGGUGUUCCUUUGAUUGAUGCUUCUCCUACAUGGUAUUGUAUGUGGUGUCAGCGUCUCAUACAUGUCACUUGUCAUGCCAAGAUGUCCAAAGAAUCGGGGGAUAUCUGUGAUUUGGGUCCUCAUAGAGAUGUAAUUCUCUCUCCCCUGUGUGUGAAAGAAAUUAAUGUAAGAGCAGUGAGAAGUUUAAGCUCAAUUAGAGAAGAAAUGAUAGCAUCUACUCUUCGUGGUGAAAUGCGACGAAGGCGCAAUCGAAACAAAAAUGGAACAAGUCGUUCUCUUGGUGGCAAGUUCGAGGAUGUGCCAGCUCCUGAUACCCCACUCGGUUAUGUGCUUAAUGGUAUAGCUUCUUUGAAGAAAUGCUACAGUGAGAAAAACUUAGACUUUUUGUCAAGAAAUGGCAAACUACAUGGUUCAAAGGGAACCAAUGUGGGAUUAAUCAAGAAGAAGGGUGGAACAUUGACAUAUGGCCAAACCAAGAAGUACAAGUUAGUGGACUUGCCGAAUGAUGCUAGACCUGUUUUAGUUUUUAUCAAUACUAGAAGUGGUGCACAGAAUGGACUUUCCCUCAGAAGAAGACUGAACAUGCUGUUAAAUCCUUCACAGGUGUUUGAAUUGAAUUCUUCCCAGGGUCCUGAGGCAGGUUUGAAGUUGUUCAGCAAUGUGCCAAAUUUUAGAGUAUUAGUAUGUGGUGGAGAUGGUACUGCUGCAUGGGUUCUUGAUGCAAUUGAGAAGUUUAAUUUUGAGUCACCUCCACCUGUUUCUAUACUUCCGCUUGGCACAGGAAAUGAUCUCGCAAGGGUUUUACAAUGGGGAGGGGGUUUCUCAAAAGUUGAGGGAUCUGGCUUAAGCAAUAUUUUACACGAAGUUAAUCAUGCAGCUGUUACAAUGGUGGACCACUGGAAAGUUGAUAUUAAAGAAGAAAACUUAAAAAAUUCAGAUAGGACGCGCUCGAAACAUAUGAUGAACUAUCUAGGUAUUGGAUGCGAUGCCAAGGUUGCAUAUGAAUUUCAUGUGAACCGGGAGGAAAAUCCUGAGAAAUACUAUAGUCAGUUUGUGAACAAAUUGCGGUAUGCCAAGGAAGGUGCUAGGGAUAUGAUGGACAGGGCUUGUGCAGAUUUACCUUGGCAAGUUUGGCUUGAAGUAGAUGGGAAAGACAUCCCGAUUCCUAAGGAUGCUGAAGGUUUGAUCGUUCUCAACAUUGGUAGCUACAUGGGUGGCGUAGAUCUUUGGCAGAAUGAUUGUGAGCAUGAUGAUUAUUUCACUCGUCAGUCAAUGCAUGAUAAGAUGCUUGAGGUUGUCUGUGUCUCUGGAGCAUGGCACCUUGGAAAACUUCAGGUUGGUCUUUCUCAAGCUAGGAGGAUGGCCCAGGGGAGUGUCAUCAGAAUUCAUAUUUCCAGUGCUUUCCCAGUUCAAAUUGAUGGGGAACCAUUUAUUCUACAGCCUGGCUGUCUAGAAAUAUCACACCAUAAGCAGGUGUUUAUGUUAAGGAAAUCAUCUGAAGAACCUAAAGCCCAUGCAGCUGCAGUAAUGUCAGAGGUUUUGUUGGAUGCCGAGUGCAAAGGCAUCAUCAACUCCGGUCAAAAAAGAGUUCUAAUUGAGCAGAUAGCUCUUCGGCUUUCAUAGUGAAAAGUUGGGUGUUCUCGUUUUUAUUCUUUUUUUCUAGCGCUAAUUUUCCCAUUUAGUGCUAACACAUACAGUAAGUAAUAGGGGAGUAUGGAAAGAAGAAUGGAGAUCGUCUUCUUUUCUUUCUCUCUUCUUUUUGUUCUUUUGCCAUUCCUUGUGUUCUUUCCACUUGGCCUUGGUGCACAUCAAGACUUGCUAGUUGACGAAAGUUCCCGUGUUGAUAGUCAAGUACAUACGAAGAUAUACAAAAAGGUACAGUUUUGCCGGAAAUGGAUAUAGAGAAUUAGAGAUUUUGGUGUGUUUGAGAGUACCCGUGACGUAUAGGUUGAGAAUAUUAAGUAGAUACGGAGUAGUUCUAAUUUGUGCAGAUCAACAUGUGAUUAACGUAGAAAAAAUAUUGAUUCUUAGAAGGGUUUGUAGAGUGUAAAGACUUGUAUUCCUCCAAUGUAACUAAUGUAUUAUUGCUCUCAUGGUGCUGUAAUUUUGAUGUCC